AUGUGCCUUUCUGUCUUUUCAAGCCCACUCACCGGCCAAACUGGGCUCCUAGAGAGUGUAGCGGACCCCCGAAAGAGCUGCAUCUCACCACUGGUGGUGUUAGAGCCCAUUUUCUACCAGGGAGCGGGGCCUUUCAUCAACUACGCCACCCUGGGGACACUCCAUGCUAUGAGCAACGGGGUACUCGGCCAGGGCGUCUGGCGCCAGAAGUCGGACGACUACCUGCGCAACAAGGCUUGCCUCCACCGCGAGCAUGCACUUCUCGAACCGGACGCAGCAUACGACACACACAGUGUCCUGCGUGCGGCACUAGCGGUACGAGCAACUCUGGAGGCCGUGGAAGCGUCGCCGCGGCCACUGCGAAGCCGUUUUGAUCGCCAGACAUUUUUUCAGCGUGUGUGCUUUCUCACAUGCUCACGCACUCCUGACCAGGCCCCAGCGUCGGGGGAGCUACCACCCCGACUUCGCUGCAACCUGGCCGUCCGCAACACCCCUCUCUUCCACGCAGCUUUUUUCUGCGACCCGCGGCGUCGCCUAGCCAGGGCUGAAGUCUGCGAGCUCGUUUGAAGACGGCAUGGCGGUGUGCAACCAUGGACACAGGAGGCGAUGAUUACCGCUGAAAACAAAAGUCUCCAGCGGCCAACAAAAUAAUACUGUGGUGUUUUUAUGGUAGCAGUAGCCAAUAAACGUACUCGCAAUGAAAACCUUGCAAUGGUAGUUUGUGCGUUGUGCCCUUUUUCGAGUUCAUUUCUCCUACCCUGUUACAAGUGCCGCGGUAGUGAUGAGAACAAUGAUGAUACGGUUUAUGAUUAGGAAAACGUCCUUUGUAUGAAAUGUGUACAUCUUCGUUUG